AUGACUACCUCCAAAUCCGCUUCCUCCUUGAUUCCCGCUGACCCCGCGAAGGUCAUGGUCAUUCGAGACGUCACUCCUAAUAUCACAACGCUCAGUGUACCUUUCCUGCGCUUCGGACACAUCAAGCUCGGCGGUCGCGGGACACUGGUCAAGCUACAAACGGGCAAUGUAGCUGUCUUUUCUCCCGUCGCGCUCACACCGGAUGUUAAGGCCAAAGUCACGUCGAUGGGUCCAAUCAAAUACAUCGUUGCGCCAGACAUUGAGCAUCACAUAUUUAUUUCCACAUGGGCCAAAGAAUACCCCGAAGCAGAAGUGAUUGGUAUGGAAGGGCUGCCAGAGAAGAGAGAGGGUGAUCCAGCUACAAAGGGAACAAAAUUCGUGCACGUUUUCUCUGCAAAGAACAAGCUCGACAUGCACAUCACCCCCGAAUUCGAUGCCGAGUUCUCAUACGAAUACUUCCACUCGCACACCAACAAAGAGUUGGUCUUCCUUCACAAACCCAGCAGAACCAUGAUCGAGGCCGAUCUGCUCUUCAACCUCCCUGCCACCGAGCAAUACUCCAAGACCGGAACUCACCCAAACUCGGGAAUCUUGACCAAGCUCUUUGCAGGCAUCAUGAACACCAAGGGUGAGAUGACCUGGCAAAAACGCUUUCUCUGGUACGCAGCUGGUGGCAAGGAUAGGAAGGGUUUUGCCGAGUCGGCCAAGAGAAUCAAGUCGUGGGACUAUGAUAGGGUCAUUCCUUGUCACGGCGAUGUCAUCGAGACGGGCGGAAAGGCGAUUGUCGACAGGGCGACUGCCUGGUUUACGGAGGGCAAGCAUUGA